AGGAGACAAGACUGAAGUAGAGAAGACUGAAAUGCACGAAGACACCGUUCACUGCUCGGUCAUUUGUAACAUAAUGUUCCCCGUUCAGUAGCCAUUAGCGGGUUUUUGUUCUGAGCAUGAAGAAAAAUAAAGCGGAGUCGCACGUAUUGCCAAAUAAGUGCGCAGAGUAAAUAAUGAGAUUUUAGACGUUCAAUAACCUUUCCCCCUGUCAUUAAAGGUUAGUUCAAGGUUAACGGAAAUUUUUAAUUUGUAACUUUUUCUGCGCUGUUCUGUCGCUCUUACUUGUGAAGAUGAAUGUGAUUACCCGAGGACUGUGUACUACAGUCGAAAACGUGGAAACGGAGACAGGAACGACGGACAGUUGCCGGAGGCUCAGACUCACCCUUCACGACCGUGACCGCACCCGUGACCGGCCCGUUCGGACCGCAGAGCAGCCCAGAGUCAAGCCAAGAGGCCGCGCUGUAGCAUUGGUGAAGCCGCCCAGUGAGAGACAGCCUCUGAAGCCAGAGCCAAUCAAACCAACCGAAGAGAAGGUUGAGGUCAUAAAGGUGUACCUGAAGGGACGCAAACAGGAAGAGGCCCAGCAGCAGAGUCUCAGGAUGCUGUCGGACGAGGUUUCUCAGAUACAGGAGGUGAGGUACUGCCUGAAAACCCUCAGAGAACAAAUGGCAGCCAGAAAUAACAACAGCAAGGUUGAGCACAAGUUUCCGGCCAACGGCUUCAGAGUCCCCUCGCCCAGCAGCCAACCAGCCGCUCCCGGUCACAACGAGGAAGAGGACGAGCAGGACUGGGAGGAUGAGAAUGACAGCUCCAGGCUAAGGGAGGUGAGCAAGCGCCUGUACUCCCGGCUGCAGGAGGCGGAGCAGAGACACCGGGCAGAGAGAGAGAGGCUGCAGGGCCAGUGCGGGCAGUACCAGCAGCAGCUGAGCGAGCAGACGGAGAGCCUGCAGGCGGCGCAGCAGAAGGCGCAGGCGCAGGACGAGCGCGUGCGCGAGCUGCAGCGGCUGCUGACGGGCAUGGAGCGCGAGAGCGCCGACCUGCGGGCCAAGGCGGACGAGCGCGAGGCGGAGCUGGAGCGGCGGCGCUCGCUCAGCGACGUCAGCGGCGACCAGAGGGUGGAGGAGCUGGAGAAAGAGCAGGCCAUUCUGAAGGAGAAGAUCCAUCACCUGGACGACAUGCUGAAGAGCCAGCAAAGGAAGGUCCGACACAUGAUUGAGCAGCUGCAGAACUCGCGCACUGUGAUCCAGGAGAGAGACAGAGUGAUCCAGGACCUGCAGGAGAAGGUGGCCUACCUGGAGGCUGAGAACCGAGAGCUUCGUGAUCGGAUGGAUUUCUACCUGGGAGGACAGAACCCGAGCUCUCCAGCUCAGUCCAGCUCAGACCACAGAGGCCAGAUCGUCUACAGUAAGCCCCUCACACCCAACGGACACGCCAACAAGUCCCUGCCCUUCAUCAAAGUCAUCGAGAUCAAGUCGUGAGACGGAGCCAGGGCGGGGACCAAUGAGGAAGGAGGAAGCCGGUCGACACACAGCGACACGCCAGACGCACUAACACAGCCUUACUGUAGCGCCCCCUGCUGUCCACAGAGGAUAUGAAUCGAUUAACACUGACUGCCCUCUGUACAUACCAGGGGCAAUGUGACAUAUUUAUAGCCAUAGAUUUACACAUGUAAGCAUAUAGAUGAAGGGAGUUGUCUGUGGGAAGUGGGACAACCUCGUGUGGGACAGGGUUGAGGUUAGCACCGAGCUGACGCAACGCACGCGCCUACAUUUUCGCGUGACUUAAGCAACGGCAAACUCGCUCUCCGCUGGUAAGCAGGGCCUGAUGACCUCGGCGAAAAGUAUGAACGGGAGGGUAACAUCGGAGACACAUAAGGAUGACCUUACCUUCCAUGGAGAGAGGAGCUGAGGCUUUGCCAGACAGAAAGAGCUCAUCCUAAAAUGCUAACAUACCAAGCUGUAAUAAUGGUUAAUCGACUAAAGCUUUCCUCCACAUUUUUAUUUAUUUAUUUAUGUUUUUCCUACAAUUUAUAUAUAUAUUAUUUCUUCAUAUACAUUUAAUUAAAAAAAGUAUUUUAGUUUAAAACUAACGGCGCAUCUAACAGCUUGACAGUACUGCCAUGCAGAACACGACUGCAAUUAAUGCAGUUUUUGCGGACAUUAUGACAUCACAACCGAGAGAAAAUGUGUACCCUGCACGCUGUUACAACAGUGUUGACAUAACAAGUAGGGACUACAGAACUGAACCAUAUGUUUGAGACUAGUUUAGUAGGCCUAGGCUACUGAACCUGAGCAGGAUAUAUACAAGUAGAUUACCGAAGAAAAAAGAACGUGUAAUGAACGGGUCUAGUAAAAAGGUAACAAAUCUUUUGCGAGAUUUAAAAACAAUUCGGAGUGAGCAGUCUGCGGGAUGCACUGCAAAUGAAAUAAACACCGAGGCAAUUAUCUGGCGUCUGGUGAAUGGGAUUAAAUUACUCGGGACGGGAAACCAGAUCAGCGAUUUGGAGUUUAGGACACGAACAAGGAAAGGAGUUCUGUCUUAUUUAUAUUGGGUAAUUUUAUUUAUUAUUAUUAUUUUAUUUUUGUAAAAAAAAAAUUCAAAUAUAGCCAGUCUCCGCUGUCUUCCUGUUGUUCUGAGAGAAAUGGGCACUGCGAAGAACACAGUUCUCCGAAGCACAAACGGUACAGAGUGCUUCGAUGCACAAACAAUCCAGAUUCUAUUGUUUUGUCUUAUGGACCCAUUCUACAGUAACUACUGUUGAACACACCCUUGGAUUUGCCCAGUCUCUUCCCAUCCAUGUUUUGACGUUGCCGUUGGAGACGGCCAACACCGAGUUCUUCAGGCAGGAGGAAAUUGUAAACGCUUACAUUCUUAUAUCUCUUCGUGUUGUGGUUUAAGCAAAAUACAUUUACCACCCUGUUCCUAGAAACGAUAUGCACUGUUCGACUUAACAGAAUAGAAUGGUCUGUCCAUCUAUUAGCGAAAAAUAAACUUUACCGAUUGUUCACUUAGCAGAUAUAACGAUGUUCCGUGUUGAUGGUGACGACAUUUUCUCAAUGACAGCUGAUAGCCUUGGUUUAAUAUCGUACAAGAAUCUUAUGAAGCGUGCGAUUCAAAUGCACUCUUCUGCUAUCUUGUGUGUUAUUAACCUUACGUUUUGAUUGCUUAUUUUGCUGUAUUAUUCUGUGUGAGAAAUGUACUCCAUUGUAGCCAACGGCCUGUGUUUCGUUGGAAAAAAGGACGCCUUUCUGUGUUAAUUCGAUGUGACAAUUGUAGAUACUUUGUAUUCACUGGGUGUGCGCGAGCAUGUCUUUCUCAUGUUGGAUUUGUUAUUAAAAUAAAGCUUAUUUAAACGUAGCCUAUG